AAUGUUUCUGCAGCUGCUCCGCCUAUCAUGUGAUCUGCCUUUCCUAUCAAAAUGGCGUCUGGAGGUUAUAAUGCGUCUUAUGAAGACAGUGGUCCUACUGGUUUUGGUAAUGAAUCCAUGGAUGACAGUAUCUCUGCAAAUGGAACCAAAUCUACUGGGUACUCUGGGGAUUCGGCACCAUUAGUUGGGAUUGACUACAAGAGGAAUGAAGAGCUCAGCAAUAUGCUUGAUAGCAGCAAAGAUGGCCUGAAACUUGAUGCCAUGAAGAUCGUUAUCGGGAUGAUUGCAAAAGGUCGUGAUUGCACUAAUCUAUUUCCUGCUGUAGUAAAGAAUGUUGUCUCUAAGAACCCUGAGAUUAAAAAAUUAGUUUUCGUUUACCUUGUUCGUUAUGCUGAGGAACAACAAGACCUUGCACUGCUUUCAAUCAGCACUUUUCAAAAGUCUCUUAAGGAUCCAAAUCAGCUUAUCAGGGCUAGUGCUCUACGUGUAUUGUCAAGUAUCAGAGUUCCCAUUAUAGUUCCUAUCAUGAUGCUUGCUAUUAAAGAUUGUGUGAUGGAUAUGUCUCCUUAUGUAAGGAAAACUGCUGCUAAUGCCAUACCGAAGUUGUACAGCUUAGAUCCUGAACAGAAAGAACCAUUAAUUGAGAUAAUAGAAAAGCUAUUAAAAGAUCAGACUACUCUUGUUGCUGGUAGUGUUGUUAUGGCAUUUGAGUUGGUUUGCCCAGAAAGGAUUGACUUGAUACAUAAGAAUUAUCGCAAACUAUGCAAUCUACUAGUUGAUGUUGACGAGUGGGGUCAAGUGACAAUACUCAAUAUGUUGACUCGUUAUGCCAGAACACAAUUUAUUGAUCCAAACCAGAGUGAACCAGAAACAGAAAAAUUUUAUGAUGAUGAAGAGGACGAGGAUGAGGAUGAAGAUUCUGAUGGAGAUGACACGACAAAGAAGCAAAAGAAAAAAGCUUAUGUGAUGGACUCUGAUCAUCGUCUGCUUCUGCGAGUUACAAAGCCUCUUCUGCAAAGCAGAAAUGCCUCUGUUGUUAUGUCUGUGGCGCAGCUUUACCAUCAUAUUGCUCCUCGUAAUGAAGUUAAUAUAAUUGCACGUCCACUGAUUCGUCUACUAAAGGGACACUAUGAGGUUCAGUCUAUUGUAUUAAGCAACAUUGCUACACUGUCAGCUGAAAGACCUAGUAUGUUUGAACCAUACCUGAAAAGUUUUUUUGUAAGGUCUAAUGAUCCCACUCAUGUUAGGCUGUUAAAGUUGGAUAUAAUGGCUAAUAUAGCCAGCGAAACAAGCAUUCAUACUAUUUUAAGAGAAUUCAGAGCCUAUGUUUCAAGUUCUGAUCAAGACUUUGCUGCUGCAACUAUACAGGCCAUUGGACGUGUUGCUUACAACAUAUCUGGAGUAACAGAGACUUGUCUUCAUGGCCUAAUGAAUCUUCUUUCACAUAAGAAUGAAGCUGUAGUUGCGGAAAGUGUUGUUGUUACAAAGAAGCUUUUGCAGCUUCAGCCAAAGGAAAACAAAGAUCUUAUUCGACAAGUUGCUAAACUUGCUGAUAAAGUUCAGGUCCCCAGUGCUAAGGCUAGUGUAUUGUGGCUUGUUGGUGAGUACUGUAAUCUAGUUCCAAAAAUUGCUCCAGAUGUUUUACGCAAAGCUGCAAAGAACUUUUGUAAUGAGGAUGACUCAGUUAAGCUUCAAAUCAUGAAUCUUUCUACUAAACUAUUAGUUACUAAUCCAAAACAGUCUCAAUUGUUGUGUCAGUAUGUUCUGAACUUAGCUAAAUAUGAUCAAAACUAUGACAUUAGAGACAGGGCCAGAUUUCUUCGACAGUUAACUAUGCCGGAUGAUGAAGAAGAAACAGCUCUUUCUAAAUAUGCUAAAAAGAUUCUUAUGGCUUCUAAACCAGCUUCUGUUCUUGAAUCACAUUUUAAAUCUCGAGUUCGCUGGCAAUUAGGCUCUUUAUCUCAUUUCAUUAAUGCUGAAGCAAGUGGUUAUAAUUCUCUACCUGAAUUUCCUGAAGAAGCACCUGAUCCUUCAGUGAGAGAUGUUGAGGAUGAUAAGUUUUAUAGUCGUCCAAAGUCAUCAGAUAAAAAGAAGAAGUCUUUUUUUGAUAGUUCGGAAGAAUCUGGGAGUGAUGAGUUUUAUUCGUCAAUAUCUGGCACUGACGAAUCAGGAUCUGAGGAUGAAAGCGACUCAGAUGGUAGUAGUGUUAGUGAAGAUGGGAGUGAGCAAGAUAGUGAAGAAGACAGUGAGGAGGAUAGUGAUGAAGAAGAGGAAACAUCUAGUGAGGAAGAUGCUUUGGAGAAUUUACGAAAGCAUUAUGUCAAAGCAAAACCAACCCAUGAUGAUAGUGAUGAGGAGACUACUACUUCUGAGGAAGAAGAAAGUGACGAAGAAUCUGAGAGUGACAGUGCUGACAUCAUUCCUGCUAAAUCUAAGGCUCCAAAGAAAGAAACUACUAACAAAUCAUCUUCCCUUAUCGACUUUGAUAACUGGGAAGAACAACCAGCAAGCAUUGUCACAUCACAACAAAGUGAUAUGUUGAAACCUCUGCAAAGUGAUAAGGCUGUUGCUUCAAAUCAAUCUUUUGGUAACACUAUAAAUCCUGUGGCACCUGUGUCGGUUUGUGAGGAGACAUCUGAACUACUUAAUCGUAUAUCUGGAAAUGGUCUUGGAGCUACCUAUCGUUUUUUGAGAAAGCCUUACCUUUCUUCUGAUAAGAUGAUAGCUGUUGAGCUAACAUUUCAUAACACAAGUGGCUCUUCUAUGACUGGUAUAACCAUAGGCACAAUGCAGUUGCCUUCAGGCAUGAAAGUAGAAGCUAAUGUAAUGUUGUCACAGUUGGUUUCUGGUGGAAGCAUGACAGCUAUUGUUGGCAUAGAUUUUAAUGACACACUUCAACCUGCAAAAUUUGAUAUUUGUGUUGGUUCUGAUCGAAAAUAUAGAGUUAAAAUUGAACCAGUUGUUGGUGAAUUACUACAAUGUGGAAAUAUAAGUGAAAGUGGCUUCAAUGCUCUUCAAGAUAAGCUGACUGGUAUGCAUGAAAAUAUUUCUAAGACACCAACAGUAGCAGCUAUAAAAGAUAUUAGUGCUGCCAUCAUGAAUGCUGCUAACAUGCAUCCUGUUCAAUCUUCAGAUGAGUCUUGUUUAAAGUUUGCUGCAUGUACCUUUUCUGAGAAGGUUCCGGUUUUGCUGUCAGUUAAAGUAAAAGAGAGUAAUGCUACUAUUACUUCAAACUGUGAAAAGAUUGUGAUUGGCUCUAUGCUGAUGAAACUUGUUAAGGAAUGCAUUUCUAAAGUUUGAAUUUUGAAAAUAAAUUGCUGCCGGUAUCUCUUUUAAAUUGAUUAGGGAUUUUGUGUGAAUACGAAUAGUUAUUAUUAAUUAUUAUUGAGGUACAAACCAUGUUUUACAUUUUGUUUUGAUUAAGAUUUUAUAAUGUUUUAAGAA